AUGGCUGGCGGCAGUAUCCCCUCGGCCGCGCCUCAGUUGGCUGGCGGCUAUCUCACUGGUCGCGCCCUCAUCUUCCCUCUCUCCCUCAUCAUCUCCCUCUUCUUCCUCUGGGGCUUCUCCUACGGCCUUCUCGAUGUCCUCAACAAGCACUUCCAGACCGUCCUCGGCAUCACCCGCCUCGAGUCCACUGGCCUCCAGGUCAUGUACUUUGGCGGCGGUUACCUUCUCUUCUCUCCCAUUGCCGCCGAGUGCCUCAAGCGCCGCGGUUACAAGCAGACCAUCCUCAUGGGUCUCGGCCUCUACUCCCUAGGCGCCAUUCUCUUCUGGCCCGUCGUCGCUACCGCCAAGCCCGAGAACGGCCGCGCUGCUUUCGGUGGCUUCUGCGCCUGCAUCCUCGUCAUCGCCUGCGGUCUCGCCACCCUCGAGACGGCCGCCAACUCGUACGCCGUCGUCAUUGGCAAGCCCGAGUCCGCUUCGGCCCGCCUCCAGUUCUGCCAGUCCUGGAACGGUGUCGCCUCCUUCAUUGGUCCCCUCAUCGCCUCCAAGUUCUUCUUCUCGGGCGCCAACCAGAACAGCCUCACCAAUGUCCAGUUUGUCUACCUCGCCGUCGCCUGCGCCGGUGUCGCAGUCGCCGUCAUGUUCUUCUUUGCCAAGCUCCCCGAGAUUUCCGAGGCUACCAUUGAGGAGUCCUCUGAUGGUCAGGUCAAGGGGCUCCAUCUGGAAGCAGUUACCAUAGCUACCUUCUUUCUUAAUUAUGCUCACGAGAACGGCGGUUUCACGACCUCCAAGGGCAGCACUAUGCUGAGCUACGCCCUCAUCAUCUUCACCGUCGGCCGCUUCGUCGCCACGGGCAUCGCCACGUUCCUGAGCUCCGACUUCAUCCUCGUCGUCUACGCCGUCGCGGCCUCGGCCCUGACGGCCUACGUCAGCGUCGGCAAGGGCGGCGGCGCCGUCGGCGCCCUCAUCGCCAUCUUCUUCUUCCUCGCCCCCAUGUACCCCACCAUCUUCACCCUCGGCACCGAGGGCCUCGGCCACCACACCCGCCGCGGCGCCGGCAUCCUCGUCAUGGGCGUCUCCGGCGGCGCCGUCUUCCCUCCCAUCCAGGGCGCCAUUGCCGACGCCAAGGGCACCAGGAUCAGCUACGUCGUGCCCAUGAUCGGCCUCAUCUUCGUCCUCGGCUAUGCCUCCAUCCACUGGGUCCGCAAGGGCAUGAACAUCCUCGCCCCCAAGUCUGCCCCCAGCACCACUGUCGAGCAGGUCGAGAAGGGCGAGGAGCGUGUCCUGGAUGAGAAGAAGCAGGGUGACGCCUGGGUCGAGAAGAUCUGAGAAGCUUCUUGACGAUGCAUUAUGACGACUGCCGGAGUUUUACACGGGGUGCUUUCAACAUUUAAACGAAUCAUACACAUAUAAUGGGGGGGGUCUUAGCGAUGGCGAACGUUGACGGGUAGACGGUCAUGGGUUUUUAGAUCUGACUGUUUGCAUGCAGCAUUGGAACUGCCUUUGAGCAAUGACACGAUUUCAUGA